GCUCCGUCACGCCGGGAUCUCGCAGUCUCCGCUUCGGUCCUCUGCGCACACGGAGCGUUUUUGCGGUCGCAAGUGAAAUCCGGGAGAUCAAACAGAAACAAACAGUGGGACCCAUUUUGAUUUCGAGGUUACGGUUAAUUUCCUUUAAUUUUCAUCCAUGAGAUUCUUCAGGCUUACCUUCAAGUGCUUUGUCGACUGCUUUUGAAUCUUAUUCCUUCACCAUCCGCGACGCAUUGUAAAUAUACCAUCUCUGGCUAUAGCUAGUCAGCAAGCUAAAUAUAGCUAAAUAAUAUUUUACAGCAACACUGACUAAAAAUAAUAUCAAAAGGGAAAACCAAGAAGGAUUUAAAUAACUGGAUAAACGCAAACUCACGACUUUGUCGCACUUUCUACAUUAUUAUAUUUUGAGGCAUUGGCGUUUACAACUGAAAUGUCGCCAGAAGUGGAAAACCACGUUACAGAAGAUAAAAAUUCCACCCAGGUUGAGUCAGGAGUACUGCUGGAAGAGGAAGGGGCUGUCAUACGCCCCCUGGUGCCCAUGCCUGGUGUUGAGGAUGCUGGUGGGGGAGGUGGUUCGGUGGUCGAGAGAGAAACAUGGACCAGACAAAUGGAUUUCAUCAUGUCAUGCGUUGGCUUCGCCGUGGGACUGGGCAACGUGUGGAGGUUCCCCUAUUUAUGCUACAAGAACGGCGGAGGUGCCUUUCUGAUCCCUUAUCUGCUGAUUGUCUUCAUCGGGGGGAUUCCUGUGUUCUUCCUGGAGAUAGCACUAGGACAGUUCAUGAAACAAGGCGGGGUUUCGGCGUGGAACAUCGCCCCGCUGUUCAAAGGAUUAGGCCUGGCCUCCAUGGUGAUUGUGUUCUUCUGCAACACGUACUACAUCAUGGUUCUCGUGUGGGGCCUCUACUUCCUGCUCAACUCUUUCUCGUCGCCCCUGCCCUGGGCCACAUGUGGGCAUCCAUGGAACUCACCCAACUGCACCCAGGACUUCAGCAGGCCCUGCCCCAGUCACAGCUCCCUACUCGGUCCCGCUCAAGAACCCUCCUCCCCUCGUAACCAGUCCUCUCCCCAGCCCCUACAGAACCUUUCUUCUCUCCUCCUACUCAACCUUAGCUGUGCAGAGGUGGAUGGCAUGCGCUCUCCAGUCAUCGAGUUCUGGGAACGAAAGGUGCUGCGUCUGUCAGGGGGUUUGGACGAGGCUGGGGAUGUCAGCGGUCAGAUGGUCUUAUGCCUGGUGGCCACCUGGAUCUUCGUGUACUUCUGCAUCUGGAAAGGAGUUAAAUCCACCGGCAAGGUGGUGUAUUUCACGGCUCUGUUCCCCUACCUCGUGCUGGUGGUGCUGCUGGCCCAUGGUGUCACCCUGCCUGGUGCUCUGGAUGGCAUCGUGUACUACCUGAAACCUGACUGGUCCAAGCUGGCGGAGGCACAGGUGUGGAUCGAUGCUGGAACCCAGAUCUUCUUCUCCUACGCCAUCGGCCUUGGUGCGCUAACCGCUCUGGGCAGCUACAACCGUUUCCACAACAACUGCUACCAGGAUGCCUUCAUCCUGGCUCUGAUCAACAGCGGCACCAGUUUCUUCUCUGGAUUUGUGGUCUUCUCCGUACUGGGCUUCAUGGCAGCGGAGCAGGGAGUGGACAUCAGCAGAGUAGCGGAAAGCGGUCCCGGCUUGGCGUUCAUCGCUUACCCAAAGGCUGUGACCCUGAUGCCCCUGGCACCUUUCUGGGCAGCCCUGUUCUUCUUCAUGCUGCUGAUCCUCGGCCUGGACAGUCAGUUCGUAGGGGUAGAGGGCUUUAUUACUGGCGUCAUGGACAUGCUCCCUCCUAAUUCACUGGCAGGGUCCCUACGUCGUGAAGUUGUUGUGGCGAUCUGUUGCAUCACUUGCUUCUUUAUUGACCUCUCCAUGGUAACAGAGGGGGGCAUGUAUGUAUUCCAGCUCUUUGACUACUACUCGGCUAGUGGGAUGACGCUGCUGUGGCAGGCCUUUUGGGAGUGCAUGGUGGUGGCCUGGGUCUAUGGGGCAGACCGCUUUAUGGAUGAUGUGGCCCGGAUGAUUGGUUACCAUCCCUUGCCCUACAUGAAAUGGUGCUGGUCCUUUGUCACGCCCUGUGUGUGUGUGGGUAUCUUCUUGUUCCAUGUGGUGAAUUACAAGCCCCUGACCUAUAACUCCAGCUACGUAUACCCCUGGUGGGGCGAGGCCCUGGGCUGGGGCCUGGCCCUUUCCUCCAUGCUCUGCAUCCCCGUCACCGUGCUCUACAAGCUUCUGCGCUGCAAGGGCUCCCUCAGGGAGCGCUGGCAGCACCUCACCGCCCCGGUGUGGGGCAGACACCACCUGGAGUACCUGGCACCCGAGGCUGAGGCCAAACUGCUACCCGCUCAGGGGCCAAGCAAGACCACGCUGCUCUUCGAGAGCGUCAUCUGAGCGGCGGGUCCCCACCUGUCCCUCCCUCCUCUUUCUCUGUCACUCCUUUGCUGCUCAGUAUCAAGCUCAGAAGUGACCCACGCUCACCCACACAGAUCCUGCAGAUGUCCACGUUUCCAGCCCUUCAUUGCAGCACUUGGGUGGGCGGGGAGGCUCGGAUGCAGUGCCAUUACUGCCCCCCUCCACCUGGCCUCGGUCCCCCUUGUUGUCGUGCCUCAGCCCCCUGUCCUGUCUGGAUCCCUGCAGUGUCGUGCCCGUCCCGUCCCGUGCCAUAGCAUGCUGUCUGCAGGUCCGCCCUGCUUUUUGUCCCCGCAUCACAUUUUCCCAUUCCUGAUUACAACUGUCGCUACGGCAGGCAUGCUAGUCCGCUUCGACCCCUGUCUCUGCACAUGUUUGCUGUGAAACCGAAGUACGUCUGACCUAAAGAUAUUUAAUACAUUCUAAAUCAGUAUUUAUAAAUUAUUGUAGUGAUACCAUGAAUACAGCAUUUAGUCGUGAUUUGGUGCCAUGUGUUUCCUCAUUAAAAUGAACAUAAAAGAAAGCAGAUUGUUUUA